AAGGAUUGUCGUCUCACCGUGGAAAGUAAGACGGGGGUGGUCUUGAUGGAGUCGCGCAUUCCGGUUGCCGUCUUCGUCCAGGGACAGGCCAGUGAGGCGAAUAUUGUGGAUCUGUGGGAGCAGCGUCUGCACUGCGACGGGGCGCCGUUGGAUCUGCAACGUAUCGCCACUGGCCUGGCCAGUCUGAUCACCAGCCGAGAGAAGGCCAAGAAAGUAAUGAAGAUUCUCCGCGACUAUCAGACCAGCGAUCCGCGUCCAUCCGCGCAGUACCGUGGAUUCCGAUGGUGUGUGUACAAUGUGGCCGGCGUGGAUGUGGCCAAGUUGAAUCGGUUCUGCCUAAGUUUCAUCGAUUGCACCUCGUCUUUAGCCAGCAUGUACAUUUAUGAAUUAAGACCGGAUGGCUGCCAUCCUUCCUGGCAACCAACGAAACAAUCGCUGAACGCUUGGAAUGCGGUGAACGUGGACGUGGACGGAGUGCUGCAAGUGGGCCACGUCAUCGGGCUGGACGACACUACAGGGGCUCUGCCCCAACUGAUUAUCGAUUUUGGAUGCGCAACGCAGCACUCCGUACUGGUCGAAUACGGAAAAGUGUUUAACCCCUGCGAGGCGCAACCAGCAACAGAAACAAGAGAGAAUGAGUUCUGCAGCGUCCCGGCCGGAGACGAUUAUGAAGAUGUACAGGUGCUGUUGCGCAGCCAUCUCGAUCAGUCCUGGAAAUGGUAUCCCGCCAAACUAAUUUUGUCCGGCUUUGAGGCUUUGAGUGACUACGCGCUGGUACCGGUGGAGGUCAUGGUGGGCGGGGUGCAUGCACGUGAACUGCUUCCUUACGAGCAGAUAUGUCCGCCGCCAUCGGGUGAAGACCUUCAGCUAGGGAUGGUUCGACCAGGUGAUUUCAUCAUCCGAACGUGCAGCGUGCCUCCAGGCUAUUGGACAACGGCUGAACCGGCAGCGAGAGAUUUGUUCCGGCAGAAGCUCGAGAACGUGUCCGGAAAGGAAGAAAACGACGGAAAGGGUUUACGAAUAUUGGCGGUUCUCAGUCAGACGAUAACCUAUCUGCAACGAAGUAGCGAAUCCCCGGUGUCUGAAGAAGACUCAGCUGAAUUGUGGAAUGAAGCAGAGCGAGACGCAAAGCCCAAGGAGACGGAAAUAACUGAAUAUGUGGAAAAGACUAAGCGAAAGCAGCCCUUGCGAAUCGACGAAGUGGGUUGCUUAGCUUUACCACCGGAGAUUGUUGCGGAGAUCUUAAGGUCACUGGACACCAUCGAGCGCUUGCGUUGCCGACGCGUCUGUCACCUGUGGAAUGAGAUUGGAGGAACUGUGCAGAGAAGUCUGCAUCUCGCUGAAGAACGAUGUAUAUGGCAAAUUGCCGAGCGAUUACGCCGCAUAUGCUUGCGUCUUCAAGCACAUCACGCCCACCACGCGGACCAUCUGCAUUCGGGAUGCCACUGACGACCGCGAACGCGAGGACGGAUUUGAACACGAAAGCGCCACUGUUACGGGCGAACUGAUCGUGUACAUCGGGAAAGUGUUAAGAGCAUCCAACAUCCGCAUUGACCGGUUAAUAAUGUACAAACGAUAUAUUUCCAUGCCAAUAGAAGAUAAUUCUGUCUGGGAUUACUCUGCCGGCAGCUGCGAAGGGUAUGUCCAGCUAAAAUCUUGUUGUGAGCGGCUGAUUUGGAAAGAUUUCUCUCUAACCUUUAGCAUUGCGGUAGAUGUUAAUCAUCUUCCCGACAUGGAGUUUCACAUUCCUUUUGCUGUCUUCCCGCUAGAAAACUUCAGUGCGGUGGAUAUGUAUAAUGUCUACGAAACGGCAGUUAUGAUAUGUAUGCCCAGCUAAAAUCUUGUUGUGAGCGGCUGAUUUGGAAGGAUUUCUAAUUGGCCUUUAGCGUUGCGGUAGAUGUUAAUCCUUUGCCAGACAUGGAUUUCCACAUUCCUUUUGCUGUGUUCCCGCUGAAAACCUUCGAUGCGGUGGACUGGUAUGAUUUCUACGAAAAACAUUUGUGUUGGGACGAGCAUGUGGAUUUGGACCGACUGACGCGGCGGACGGCACGACUGAAUGGAGGAAAAGGCGACCGUUUCUACGGCAAUUUAGUUAAUGUACUUACCGGCUUUUCACGCAGGCGUAGAGUUAGAACGCACUUGCGUUUGGUUUUCUUUUAUGUAAAGCACGUGUCGAAUGAAAUGUUUGGAAUUCUUGCAGAUUUUGUACAUGUGUCAAGUUGAUGAUCCGCGUCCAUCUGCGCAGUAUACGGACCGAGAGUGGUUGCUGGACAAUACGGACGAGUUGGACGCGCGCCGUUUAAAUAAACUUUGCCGAUAUGUGUUGUCCUGCCACGUCGGUAAUUUCACAGAUUGGUCCUCGCCACCCAGCGACAGCGUCGAAGGAUCAGAAGAAGAAUCAGCACAUGAAGCUAAAACGUAGCGCUCGUACAGUUUGCCCCGGGACUACACUAAUCCCGUGCAAAUGGUCAAGCUCACGAUGAUAAUAUCAUAUUGGUUUUCUCUAGAUUGACUAGCUGACAACAUAAUUUAAACCGGAGAAUGAGCAUGGUUUCUCUUUUUUGUUAACGAAUAUCAUAUUAUUGAAAAGAAUUGGCAAAAGUUACCGAACCAUAAUCAGGCAAAUCGAUUAAUCUACCAUAAACCAUUCGUUCUUGGAAAGUAAAACAGUGCUC